AGCCACAUUCCAUACCGAUAUUCUGCCAUACACCGAAUUGAGCUAAACCUAGGCUCCCCGUUUGUGAUUUCGCAAUACACAAUCCAGGGAGCAAGAACAGAGUUUCUCACCCCUCGCAAUUUGUCAGUUGCAACUAACAAAUUGCCAAAGCUGAUUCAGUCUGAUGUUCAUUAAGCUGUGCGUCAAUGCGAUUCAAAUGACAUUGUGUUGGACUUCGACCGACACUCUCGUUUCUGGAUAUGCUCACUCCUCUACUUCUGGCAAGGAUGAUGGUACCCAAACAAGGCCACCUGGCCUAUCGAUCCUAGACAGUUACUUUGUCUAGAAAGUGCAUUUGAGCUUGAGAUCCGGUUAUGGCAUUUGGGUUUUGGCGUGAGGAAUGAUACCUGAGAUUCUCACCAAGAGAUGCAGGCGUGGCACGUCGCAGAAAGUUCAGCAGGUACAGGGUAAGGACACUCAUAGUUCCACGACACACGGCGAGCUGCAAUUCAUGAACAUUUUUUCGAUUGGAUUGGACACCAUUAGUUCAGCGUCAUGUUGUGGUACGUGGACUGCACGCGUUUCCCUUUGCCUUUUCAGUUCAGAUUUAUCUCGUGCGUGUAUGUUGUAUGUGAGGUAUGUGUCAUGGCCGUGACUGUGGCAAUGUGUUCAAGAUUAUGAGAUUUAAUAGUCCUGCUCUCACACAGCACCUGAAGGUACAGUCGUACUGCUCCAGAUGAAUCCUUGAGUGAUUCAAAUCUGAAGAUUGUAUCUGGUCUUCUCGAAUCCAAGUCACGAAAUUUGAGUUUUGUCCUCGCUUCCCUGUUGUACAAUAGUACAGAUUUCCCAGACCACAUUAGCAUUUGAUAUUACUGAUUUCGAAACUUACGAUCCGGGCCUCAUUUGUACAGCUCACAUUGUGUCUCAUCUUGAAAAUCAUUUCCUUUGAUUUGUACGUGGUCCAUUCAACACUGGCUCUGUUACUUUGAAAUGAAUUCAACCUUCCAAUUGUUCUCUUGUUCUCUUGCAAUACAUAUUGCAUUGUUGUACGGUUCUAGUUUUGGAUAUAUGUAACUUGUUGCUUGCCGAUGGAGGUAUUGCCGUCCUUACAGUAGGAAACGUCUAUAAAGGACCCUGUUUAUCUUUCUAAUUGAAAUCGUACAGAAGAUCAUUUCUUGUACAGACCUUUUUAUGCAUCACCUGUCAAAUGUGUGCAUUACUUUUCAAGCUCUAAUUAUUUCUGAGACUGGAAGUUUCCAACAUCACGCCGUCGCUCUAGUACUGUAUCAACUCUAACCUGUACAAUCUGAAUUGCCUUUUUCCUUCAAAGUCUGUGGUCGUUUACGUUGCGUCUGGUUCUAUCCUGGCCACAUGAGUCACAGAGAUGGCAUCUGUGUUGCUCAUUUCGUUCGAAGUUGUGCUCCUGACC